AGAUUUUGAUGGGAAGGCUGGCCUUUCAACUGGAAUUGGACUGGUCGAAGGCCUUGAGACCGGAUCAGGGGUGCUGGGAGGGAGCAUGUCUGGCUUCAAGCUCCCGUCAGCAUGGAAUUCAAAUCCCAAGCUUCUGGAGGACUCGUCCUAGCUGAGAAACCUGAUGAUUUUUGAGGCUUCUUCCAACUGUAUGUUUUUUUUUUAACUCCUCAGCCGGCCUCAUGGAAAUGGACCACACCCUCUCGCUGUUCCUCUUCUUCCUUACUCUGGCGGAGGACUCCGCGCAGAUCGAAGACAACAAGAUCCCCAGCCUGUGCGCCGGGCAGCCCGGACUGCCGGGGGCUCCAGGGAUCCAUGGGAACCAAGGCCUGCCGGGCAGAGAUGGGCGUGACGGCCGGGAUGGGGCCCCUGGGAUGCCGGGAGACAAAGGUGACGUGGGCACUACAGGACCACCUGGCCCAAGGGGAGAAAAAGGGAGUGCUGGCACAAAUGGAUUCCCGGGAGAGAAGGGGGUGCCGGGGGAAUGUGCUGUGGCCCCCCGUUCUGGCUUCAGCGCCAAGCGCUCAGAAUCCCGCAGCCCUCCGCUGCCCGACCAGCCAAUCGUCUUUGACCUUGUGCUGAUCAACGAGCAGGGCCACUACGACAGCAACACGGGGAAGUUCCUGUGCGAGAUCCCGGGCGUUUACUACUUCGCCGUCCAUGCCACCGUGUACCGGAUGAGCCUCCAGUUCGACAUCAUGAAGAACGGGAAGUCGGUGGCCUCUUUCUUCCAGUUCUAUGGGAACUGGCCAAAGCCGACCUCCUUGUCGGGCGGCGUGCUGGUGCGCCUGGAACCGGAAGAUGAAGUCUGGGUCCAGGUGGCGGUGGGAGAUUACACCGGCUUCUACUCCAGCGUGAAGACAGACAGCACCUUCACCGGAUUUCUGGUUUACUCCUAUUGGCAGAACUCUCCUGUCUUUGCUUGAGGGGCUGAGGGCGGCCCCGCCACGGCCACACAACAAGCAGGGAACUUCUGGGCAUUCGCUCUAACCCAAGGGGCAAAACUCUCUUUUAGCUGAUGUAUGUGUAAAAGACCAUUGGAUCUUUCUAGGCACAGAAGGGUUUCUCAGUAGCUGCAUUUUGCGUGUUACUCACCAUAUCACCCUAAUAAACAGAAUGUAUUCUUUGAGAAGGGUGUAAGCCACCCUUUCCUUCAUUCUCCUAGGAUGGUAGGAAGCUAUCUUAUACUGAGUCCUGUCCUUGGUCCAUCUAGGUCAGUAUUGCCAACUCUGUCUGGCAGCAGAAAAGAGAAGCAAAGCGAAGCAUUCUGCUUAUAUACCGUCCCGUAGUGCUUAAAACACUUAGAGGCAAUUUACAUUUUAAUUAUGCAAGUGACACACUCUCCUCACCCUAGUGAGCUGGGAUAGAAGGCGGAGUGAACCUCAAGCUGGCUGUCAGAAUCCGCUUGGAUUCAAUGCUGAUCGUGAGCAGAGUUUUGACUGUAAUACAGGGGUGGGCAAUUAAUUUCUAUA